AUGUCCCCAAGGCACGAGAGACCCUCUGGGGACACCGAGAGGCAUCUUGGGGACACUGAGAGGGACCUUGGGGACACUGAGAGCCACCAUGGGGACACCAAGAGGGACGUUGGGGACACCAAGAGGGGCCUUGGGGACACCGAGAGGCACCUUGGGGACACCAACAGGGAACUUGGGGACACCGAGAGCCACCUUGGGGACACCGAGAGGGAUCUUGGGGACACCAAGAGGCACCUUGGGGACACCGAGAGGCACCCUGGGGACACCGAGAGUGACCUUGGGGACACUGAGAGGCACCUUGGAGACACAGAGAGGGACCUUGGGGACACCGAGAGGCACCUUGGGGACACCAACAGGGAACUUGGGGACACCGAGAGCCACCUUGGGGACACCGAGAGGGAUCUUGGGGACACCAAGAGGCACCUUGGGGACACCGAGAGGCACCUUGGGGACACCAAGAGGGACCUUGGAGACACCGAGAGGCACCUUGGGGACACUGAGAGUGACCUUGGGGACACUGAGAGGCACCUUGGAGACACAGAGAGGGACCUUGGGGACACCGAGAGGCACCUUGGGGACACCGAGAUGCACCUUGGAGACACAGAGAGUGACCUUGGGGACACCGAGAGGCACCUUGGGGACACCGAGAGGCACCCUGGGGACACCAAGAGGCAUCUUGGGGACACUGAGAGGACCUUGGGGACGCCCCUGGUGGGCUGGGACCUGAGCCUUGGGGACGGGCUGUACCUCCCCCACCCCCUGGCCCAGGGCUGUCCCCUCCCCCUGGAUGUCACCGGGCACCUGGAGGUGACGGCCACCCCGGGCCACACGCCCGAUCACGUCAGCGUCAUCGUGCGCGGGACGGAGCUGGGGACGGUGGCGGUGGCCGGGGACGUGUUCGAGAGGGACGGGGACGAGGAGGA